UUUCCAAUUUCUGAUUACUUUUUCCCAAUCAAUUAAAACUUAAUUUUUGCUGCAUAACACCGUUCGCUUAAACACUCAAAAUAAAUAAAAUUUCCCCCCAUUUUUCCUAGUGUAAUUAUGGCCUUUCAUGUUGCUUGCCCAAUUACCUGCCGGAAAAUAUGUUUCUGCGCGCUGGGAUUUGCUGGGCCGCUGCGGGGCGACAAGGGGAAGGGGGAUUUUUUGCAGGAGGUUGCUAGGGUUGAGCAAUUCCUCAAGGACCCGUGGCUGAUCAAGGCCAGGGAGAAUGCGACCGUUCAGGUUAAAGUCCCCAAAGUUCCUGUUUCUCCCGCGCUGCCGCCUCCGCCGCCUCUAUUGGCGGCGGAUGUGUCGGCGGUGGGGGUCGGCGAGGAGGCGUCGGCGCAGGUGAAGAGGGCUGCGUUGCAGAAACAAGCUGCUGCUGCCUCAUUGGUGGCUGAGGAUUAUGCUAGGAGGUUUGAGUCUGGUGAUUUGGAGGCUUCAGCUGGGGAUGCUGCUGGAGAAGAGCAAGGCCUAUCAACCACCAAAGUGAUGUGCCGAAUAUGCUUUUCUGGUGAAAAUGACCGAAGUGAAAGGGCAAGGAAGAUGCUCUCUUGCAAUAGUUGUGGCAAGAAGUAUCACCGAAGCUGUCUUAAAGCUUGGUCCCAGAACAGAGAUCUUUUCCACUGGAGUUCUUGGACUUGCCCUUCUUGCCGUUUAUGUGAGGUGUGUCGGAGAACUGGAGAUCCAAAUAAGUUCAUGUUCUGUAAAAGGUGUGAUGGUGCAUACCAUUGUUACUGUCAGCAACCACCACAUAAGAAUGUUAGCCAUGGACCUUAUCUGUGUCCCAAGCACACCAAAUGCCAUAGCUGUGAUUCUACAGUACCUGGAAAUGGCUUAAGCGUAAGGUGGCUGUUGGGCUAUACAUGUUGUGAUGCUUGCGGAAGAUUGUUUGGCAAAGGGAAUUACUGCCCAGUCUGUCUGAAGGUGUAUAGAGACUCUGAAUCAACUCCUAUGGUGUGUUGUGAUAUCUGUCAACGUUGGGUGCAUUGUCCUUGUGAUGGAAUCAGUGAUGCAAAAUACAUGCAAUUUCAAGUUGAUGGAAAUCUCCAAUAUGUUUGCCCAACAUGCCGUGGAGAAUGCCCCCUGGUUACAAAUCUUGAGGAGGCUGUUCAGGAGCUCUGGAAGCGAAGAGAUGAGGCUGAUAAGGAUUUGAUAGCAAGCUUGAGGGCAGCUGCUGGUUUGCCAACUCAAGAAGAAAUAUUUGACAUUUCACCCUUUUCUGAUGAUGAAGAGAGCGGUCCUAUAUCAGUAAAGAAUGAACAUGGCCGUUCGUUGAAGUUUUCUUUUAAAGGGUUAGGUAAUAAAUCACCAAGAAAGAGCAAAGAGCAUGGCAAAAAAUCUUCACAUAAGAAGUAUGGCAAGAAAAGGGGGAAGGAAACAUCUUUGAUUGGUGGAGUUGAUACAAAUCGGAGUUUAGAUGGGUAUGCCAAUGAUCCAUCUGGACAGAACACCGUCAGUAAUAAAAAUGAUGAAAUGCACCUUUCCCAUGAACCUGCUUCUGCUUUCUAUCCUGUUGCUGGAAGCUUGAUGGAAGACACAUGUAUGGUAAAUGAAGCAGCAGCCUCGAAACACAAGUAUAUUGAUGAGGUUUCAGCAACCAAUGUAACAAAGGCAUCUAGAACUAUCAGAAUAAAGAGUAAUAAAUCUCGUGCCGUCACUAAUGGGGAGGAAAUAGGAAGUAACAGUGGGGCACCCAAGAAUGCUCAGGGGCCGAAGCUUGUUAUACAUUUGGGAGGCCGAAGUAAAAAUACUAGUCCCCUGAUUGUGCAAGGCAAGGCUGCAUCAAAAGGAACUGAAGAUACAGGACAACUGAAACAACAUCAAGAACACAUCGAUAGACCCAAUUCUGCAGUUAAAGUUGGGGAGCAAAAAGGGGAGGUGAAAGGUAUUAAGCUGCAUGUUAAAGAAGGCCCAUUGAUAAAGCUCAAGAAUGCUUCUAAUUUAGGUUUGUCUAACUCUAACAUUACCUCGAAACAUACCGGAGGAGGAUUCAGCGAUGGCCAUGAAUCGGUUUCUCCUAGGAAUACGUACUCAGUGCUUGGCAAAAGAAGUGCCGAAGAAAGUGCAUCUGCAAGGAGUGGCUCCGAAGCCCCUGCGAGCCGAAGGAUCAAGUACUCGUCAAAAGGGCAUGGUGAUGAUGCGUCUGUUUCUGGUGACUAUAUUGAUGACAGCAGUGCUCCAACAAAGGAGCGGAAGCCUUACUUGAAGUUUAAAAUUCCCAAGAAUUCUAACAAUGGAAAUCAAACCGUAUCCAGUAAUUUGACCAUCGGAAAUCAGGAUUCGUUGCCUCCUUCUGGGAAGGAUGAGAUCACUUACACAAGGGGCCAGAGGUCGAAACGAAGGAGACCAGCACCGGGUGAUGAAGAUUCCUCCCAAUGGCGUGAAGACAGUACCGUAAAGGACUUCACAGAUGCCAAUUGGAUACUGCAGAAAUUGGGGAAAGAUGCUGCCGGGAAAAGAGUAGAAGUUCAUCAGCCUUCGAGCAACUCCUGGCAUAGGGGUACAGUGGUGGAAGUUUUCGAGGGAACGCCUGUUGUUUCUAUCGCACUUGAUGAUGGGAAGUCCAAGUGUUUCGAGCUUGGGAAGCAGGGGAUUCGUUUCAUUUCUCAGAAGCAAAAGCAUUGAGUUAGAUCUUUUAUUUUCUUGUUUGGGAGUAGACGACAGGGCGUUCUUAAAAAAUGGGGAAAGAUUUACUGUAACAAUGGAGGAAUAUUGUCCAGUUUCUGCUGCUCUGUAUAAGUCAGUCUGUCUGUAAUGUUUUUAAUGUAAAUGCUUAGAAACUGUUUUGUAUCUAUAGCUUUGCUCCCUUCCCCUCCCUCCCUAGACCUAGACAAACCAUUCAUAAUUGUAAGAAAUCUUUGUACCUUUGUAUCACUUGCUCUAUUCAUUUUAAAUUCCAAUUUAAUUGAGAAUGCUCAAUA